AUGCCUCGAACUAUCACCGAAGAUGAUACCGGGUUACACGUACUCGUAGACAACAGUGACGACCACGAGGAUGCGGUGGACAUUGUCGCAAUACACGGUCGUGGGGCACACCCGGCCGACACGUGGUGCCAGCUCCGCGAUGCCGGAGCAGACAAAAGUGAUCCCGAGAGCUAUAUCGACUGGCUACGAGACGACAAUAUGCUACCCAAUGUUGUCGCACAUGCACGGAUUCUGAGAUAUGGCUACGAGUCUGCAUGGUUUGGUGAGAACAACAUCAAUACAGCACCAAGAAUUGUCAGCCAACGCCUGCUGGAACAGCUUCUAGCCGAGAGAAAGGAGUGCCCUCGAAGACCCCUGAUCUUUAUCUCGCAUUGUUUCGGUGGACUCGUCGUGCUUCAGGUUCUGCACGAUUCACACAUAGAGCGCUCUCGAUGGCAAGACAUUUACGACUCCACCGUCGGUCUGAUUUUCUUCGGAACACCAUUUAGAGGCUCGGAAAAACUUUCGCAAGAGAAGGUUGUGCAGUUGGCACAGCAGAAAUACGGACAAGACAAGGUCUUGGAAAGUGCGCUUAGAUUUUCUCGGGCUGGGGAGGAAUCGCUUGCAAGUCUCGUUGAUCAAUACCUACGUAUUGCGAGGCAAGGGCCACGACCAAAGGUAGCUUGUUUCUAUGAGCAGAAAUCCACCAACUUUGCUGCUGUAGUUGACAAGGAGGCCUCGUUCGACACUGUCUGGGUAACUGAGAGCUCAGGGACACUUGAUGUUAGCGAGUCAGUGGAGAAGUAUUCUCGAGCGUGUGAUCAUUUUGCAAUCAACAAGUUCUACAGCCCAAGGCAGGAAGAUUUCAAGACGUUGGUUCGAGUGGUCCAGGGAAUGGUACAAGAGGGACCAAAGAUUCUCGCCCAACGAUUGGCAGG